CAGAAGGUGUUUUACUGCGAUGUGUGCUCCAAGCCGUUUGCCCAGAAGAACAACCUCGCAACCCACCAGCGAUCCCACACUGGCGAGAGCCCUUAUGCCUGUCCUUACUGCCCCCGUCGCUUUACGCAAAGUGCCAACCUCAGGUCACACAUCAACCGCCACACUGGAGAAAUACCUUACAAAUGCCCGCAGUGCCCUAAGAGGUUC